AUGGGUAGAGUUAAACGUGAACGUGAACAUGUGGAAGUAUCCAUAGAAGGAGCUGAAGUGAAAUCCAAGUAUUUUGAAAAGAAGCCAAAGCUGAUGCAUCAGCAAGUGAACCCUGAUGUGGAUUAUAUCAAAAACUUAGAUUCUAAAGCAUAUUUCCAGUACAUUAAAGAACUGACAGAUGAUUCUCCAGAACGUUGGAGUCGACCCCUAGACUCAAGCAUAUUCGUAUCUCGACCUGGAUGCGAACCAUUACCAAGCAAUUUCAAGACGAUUUACUGUAAAAUUAGGCUGAUGAGAUCUAAACUGAUGACACCUGUGGAUACCGUUGGUUGUGCAUCAUUGCCAAUAACAGUUAGCGGUCACUGCGGUAUUGAACAAGUGGAUAUUGAGCCUAAAAAUUAUCGAUUACAACUUUUAACAGCUUUAAUGCUCUCUUCACAGACAAAGGAUGAAGUUACUGCACAGGCAAUGGAAAAUAUUAUGCAAUAUUCGAUGGAAGAGUUUAAGAUCACUCAAGGUAUUACUUUAGAGACAUUACUUAGGAUUGAUGAGAAGAAGUUGGAUGAAUUGAUUAAAUCUGUUGGAUUUCAUACAAGGAAGGCAAAAUAUGUGAAGCAAAUGGCACAAAUCUUAGUUAAUACAUUUGACUCUGAUAUACCAACGGAUCUACCAGGUAUAUUAUCUCUUCCUGGUGUAGGGCCCAAGAUGGGGAUACUAGCAUUGCAAAAGGCUUGGGGUAAAAUGGAUGGGAUUGGUGUUGAUCUUCACGUCGAUAGGUUAUGUAAAAUGUGGGGAUGGGUUGAUGCCAAGAAAUGCAAGACUCCAGAACAUACUAGGAAACAAUUAGAAUCGUGGUUACCUCGAGAAUUGUGGUAUGAAAUCAAUCCGUUAUUGGUUGGAUUCGGUCAGGUAAUUUGCAUGUCAAGAGGAAAAAGGUGUGAUUUAUGUUUGGCAAAUGACGUUUGUAAUGCUGUUGAUCCAAAGAUAAUGAAUAAAAAAGCUAAAACUGAAGGUCGUGCUACAAGAGGGGAUUUUUCCCAAUGGUUGGAAUACUGGGAUUUAAAUAAAAAAGAUGUGGAGUGA